AUGAGACUUCGAAAGGCAGCGCGCGUUAUCCUCGUCGGUGCGCCAGGCGUCGGCAAGGGCACCCAGUCCGAGAGACUCCUACAUCGCUUUCCCCAACUCCAGUCCAUCAGCACGGGCGAUCUACUUCGAAGCAAUGUCACUGCCCGGACGGCUCUUGGAAUCCGAGUCGAGAAGACAAUGAAGACUGGCGGCCUCGUCGCCGACGACCUUAUCAUGCGCUUGAUCUCGAACGAACUAUACAAGAAUGGUUGGCUGCGUCCCAACGAAGCCAAGCAUAAUGUCAUGACUCUGGCCGCCAGCACGGCCACUGCAGGGGAUUUCCCCGACGCCCACGACGAAUACGUUACCACGGCUGCUCUAGAUGCCCACGGCCCCCCGGAGGCCUCGGAGGACCCUGAUGCCUCCUUCAUUCUGGAUGGGUUCCCGAGGACUGCCACGCAAGCCGUGACAUGCGACAAGAUCAUUCCAAUCAAUCUUGUCGUCUCUCUCCAGACCCCCUUCGACGUGAUCAUGCAGCGCAUCGCCGGCCGCUGGGUCCAUGAGCCCUCGGGCCGUGUCUACAAUACCACCUUCCAUCCACCCAAGGUGGCCGGCAUUGAUGACAUCACCGGCGAGCCUCUGAUGCAACGGCCCGACGACACUGAGGAGGUCUACCGUGAGCGGUUCCGAAAGUUUCAGCAGACAAGCGAGCCCCUCUUGGAGCACUACGCCAAGAAGGGCGUCCUGUGGGAAGUCGAGGGUAUGAGCAGUGAUGAGAUCAGCCCCAAGUUGUAUAAAGAGUUCGAGAAACGCUUUGCGGCUUGAACAAGCCUUCUGUAUUCUUCCAUUUUUUCUGUAUAUACAUUAUACCUUUGGGAGUUUGACGGCCGGGCACGCUCGAGAUCGGCGACUACUAGCAUGUCCUGAUGGGACAUGGCUCGGGAAUGAUGGGGGAGUAGGUUACGGGUUUGGGGCAGACUCUUCUGCGGCGGCGUUGAUCUUGUUUCGGGGCGUGUUCUCACUCUAGUGUGUAGAACGGUGUGAAGCUGUUUACAGGUGACGCACAACAGGCACGGGUCUCCUGUUAGCGUGAGAUAAACGUUUCAGAAAUACAUUGGUUCACUUUGU